AGGAUGUCAGAUUUCUAUACUUUGGGUUCUCCUCCGCAGAGAGAGAUGCGAAUAGACUUGCACCCUUUCAAGCCCUGGGUUAUGUUCGUACCGAACGGCAAAGAUCUGCACAUUCACGACUACGAGACUGGCAAAGCGAUCUCCUUAUGGCGAAUCCCAAAAGAGUACGAUGUCCAAGGGGCGAAAUUCAUCGUGCAGAAAAACUGGAUUGUGCUGAGGCAUGCCACUGGUUUUCUGGUUUGCCCAGUCGACGGUUUGAACCCACCGCUGCAUCACAGCUGCUGCGGCGCCAGAGAACCGCCAUUCGAUAAGUUGCAGGCAGCUGACUUGCCGUCGUUGCCGAUCAUCAAAGAAGAAAAGAUGUGCACGCCAAGAAUCGCAGUCCACCAAAGUUUGCCGUAUCUGUUGUCCGGCAGUGGCCACAUCGUUCUAUGGGACUGGGACCGCAACUGGGAGAAGACUUCCUUUAAAGGCCAUUCUCGAUCGGUGACCGAUGUGAUAUUUCAUCCGGCGGAUCCGCGCGUCUUCGCGAGCGCCUCGUACGACGGCACAGUCAAGGUGUGGAGUACGGAAAGUAACUCUGCGGUUCGAACGCUGCGAGCGCCUAACAUGCGAAGGGUUAACAGGAUACAAUUUUGCACCGGACUUCUGAAUCAGAAGAAGAAGAAGCUCCUGGUGUCGACCACAAACGGGUUGGAACCGUUCGCCCGCGUGUGGGACUACGAGAACUCAGUUUGCAUCGCCAAAUUGGGAGAAGGGCGUGUCCGGCACGGCAUUAUCGGGGCCUUCAGCUAUCCGACCUUGCCGUACAUCUUUACGGCAAGCAGGGAGGGAGGAAUCAAAGCGUGGAGAAAGUCAAACUACAAGCUCGUUUCAUCUCACUGGCCCUGCCAAAGGGCAGGCGGGACACUCUCAGGCGGUCCCGGACAGGGUGCCGGAUCCGUUGUGGCGGUCACGCCAUGCCAAAACUGCAAUGUGUUUGUUAUGGCGCUGCGAGGAGCGUUCUUGGUAGUUGAGGUACGGAUGACGGGAGUGGGAGAAGAAGGGCACCCUGAACCGCUGCAGGGAGAAUCUGUUUCUGAAUCGGGUUCGGAUUCGGUUUCUCAAUCUGCGCUCGGUCCCGUUUAUGAGCCGCAGCAGGUGUCAGCAAUGUCACAGGAGAACCAACCGUUGCAAGGUGGGGGAGAUUCACUUUCUGCAGAACACGAGAUGAUUGAUCUUCGCACGGAUUCACCGCUCGAUGUCAUGGGCGAGCGAGGGCAGGUGUUAGACCGGGAAAAUGAACGACAGGUGCUGAGAGAGUCCCUUUGCUCUGUGUUGAAAGGGGAUGGGGAAGAGGAGGAUGGGGAAGAGGAGGAAGGCCAGAGGAGCAAAGUCGAGAUAGAACCAGAGAAGGAAAUCGAGGGGCAAACUGGGGCCCAUGUCAGGCUGCAUCGCAAGCGGCGCAAGAAAGCGCUCGACGAUUUGGGAGAAGAAUCGCUCUCUGCAAUCAUAACAGCUGCUCACGAGCCUAUCAGUACGUCACUCAAUGCCAUGCGGUCUGGGAGUACACCAGUCAGUGGCGUGCAUAGCACGUCACGCGAUGCAAUUGAUCAGUCGAGGGAGGCCACGUUCAAAAAGGAAAAGGAGGAAGUACAGGUGCGGAUGUGGAGAUCAACUCCUAGCACAGGCGGGGGAGACGUCGACACGAACACGCCGAACAGAUUGCAUAAUGACACUGGACAUGAGCGAAUGCUGGCGUCAAGAAAGGUUGUGGACGAGUUAGAAAGCAGGGCCAGCAAAGUCAAGAUCGAACCACGGGAGCCUCGGGAGGAGGAAAUCGUGCGGCAAACUGGGGUCCAGAAGGAGGGACAGGUGCAGAGAUCAACUCCUAGUACAGCGGGGGGAGACAUCGACAAAAAUAGAUCGCUUAGGGAUACAGAGCGUGAGCGGAUGCCGGCGUCAGGAAAGGAUGUGGACAAGUUGGAAGGCCGGGCCGGCAAAGUCAAGAUCGAACCACCGGCUGAUUCCGAGGAGGAAAUCGUGGGGCAAUGUGGGGUCCACGUCGAGCUGCAUCGCAAGGAAGCGCCAACUGAUUUGCGAGAGAAGGGUCCUAAGAAGAAUAAGGAGAGUGGGACAGUAAAGAGGGUCCUGCAGCUGGAGAAGGUGAUCCGCGAUUUGAAGGAGGGUAGGGCCGCAGCAGCAAAAGAGCUCGAGGAGUCGAAGCGGAGGAUUGAGGAGUUGCAAACUGCCUUGAGCAAGGAAGUAAGCAACCGGCGGAUCACAAACGAUUCACGAGUACGGCUAGUGAAGAGAGUUCUAGACCUGAGGGAGGGCAAAGAAAGACUGACCGGCACUUUGAAGAGGUUGAGGGUGAGGUAUCGGGAGGUAGAACAGAGAUUAGAAAAACAGCUAGGCGUAUCGGAAGUGCGGGUGUUCUCCCUCGAGGAGCUCGAGGAUGCCACGAACGGCUUUCAUGCGAACCGAAAGUGCGAUAUUGGGGAUCUGUGCGGAAGUUUUUACCGUGGUAGACUGAGUGACGGUACUCCUCUUCUCAUAAAGAAGGUAACGGCGGCAAAUAUGCAGCGGAUGGACGCUGUCACGUUCAAGAUGGCGGUGGUCGACCGCGUAAGAACUCUGCGCCACCCGCAUCUUCUAACUCUGCUGGGUGCCUGCUACGAAAGGAACUAUCUCGUCUACCGGCACGACGCAAAAGGCACCGUCAAGGACUGGAUGGUACCCGGCGGAGGAGACGUGGAGAUGCGCCGAAGCGAAGUCCUUUCAUGGUACGUCCGCUUCCGCGUGAUGGUCGAGGUCUCGCGCGCUCUGUUCUUCCUUCAGUCCAAUGUAUUGCCGUCAGGUAAGCCCUUCAUCCACCGUCUCAUCAAGCCGGCCAACGUUCUCCUAGACCACAACUUUGUGGCGAAGAUCGGAGGCGUCGAGCACGCGCUGCUUUCCGCUCAACAGUUUGCCGAUUCUUCAGGAGGAGGAGGAGGAGGAGGAGGAAUUGCAACUAGUACUAGUCACUGUGGAGGGAAUCAUUCUCUAGGUGCAUUCCUCCUGGACAGUAACUCGCAGUAUAUGGCGCCGGAAUGCUUCCGAUCCAAAGUCUUCGACGAGAAGACCGAUAUCUUUGCGCUUGGCAUCACGAUUCUGGAGAUGCUGACAGGAAAGUUCUGGGAUGCGCGGGAGACAGUUGAAGGCGCUAUGGAAGAUCCGGCGACUUUUGAGAAGAUUUUAGACCCCAAGGCCGGCUGUUGGAACGUUGAAUUGGCGCGAGAAGUAGCGAAAUUGGGGUUGAGUUGCGCCAGUUUAGACAGACGAAAUCGACCGAGCAUGAUGGCCAGUGACGUGGGCAUUUUACCAGUGCUGGAAGGGGUCGCGCGGAAGGCAGAGCUCAAGACGUCAGGAGGUAGCGAAGAAGGAACUUCGUGAACUGGUUCCCAUGUGACAGCCCGGGACCUAGUGAGGGCCUGUUUACUCCGGGGGGAAAUUUAAGGUGUUUGUCGG